AUGUCGGACAGCAGGUCUUCUCAGGAUGAGGACUCCGCCUCCCUGCUGUCCCGUCUGGGUUCCGACUCGCCUCGUCCCAGGAUGAAGUACGGUGGGAUGUUCUGCAGCGUGGAGGGGGCGUUCGAGAACAAGACGCUCAACUUUGAGUCGUUCAGUCCCAAAGUGCCACGCGCCGCCGCCCGGACUCGAACCCGCGACACUCCCGUCUCCUCCAAUCAGCCGGCAGGACAGACAGUGGUGUUCCCCUCCGCACACGCUCGGGAAAACUACGGCAAGAGAGAGGGCGACCGCCUGAUCAUCAAAGGAGGAAAGAUCGUCAAUGACGACCAGUCGUUCUACGCGGACAUCUACAUUGAGGACGGAACCAUCAAGCAGAUCGGAGAGAAUCUGAUCGUUCCCAGCGGCGUGAAGACGGUGGACGCCUAUGGUCACCUGGUGAUCCCCGGAGGAGUCGACGCCAACACCAGCGUGCACGCCGCCCAGCGCGGCCUGCAGCCCGCCGACGACUUCUACACCGCCACGCUCGCCGCGCUGGCCGGGGGCACCACCACCAUCAUCGACCACGUGCUGCCGGAGCCUGGGACUAGUUUGCUGGCGGCGUACGAGCAGUGGAGGGACGCGGCGGAUCAGAAGGCGUGCUGCGACUACUCGCUGCACGUGGACGUGACGCGCUGGCACGACGGGCUGUACGAGGAGCUGGAGAGCCUGGUCAAAGACAAAGGUGUGAACUCCUUCCUGCUCUUCAUGGCCUAUAAAGACAAAUUCCAGAGCUCCGACUCUCAGCUGUACGAGGCGUUCGGCGUGCUCAGGGAUCUUGGAGCGGUUGCCCUGGUCCACGCUGAGAACGGUGACAUCAUCGAUGAGGAGCAGAAAAAACUUCUUACGCUCGGCAUCACCGGACCUGAAGGUCACGUCCUGUCUCACCCUGAGGAGGUGGAGACAGAGGCGGUGUACCGGGCGAUAACCAUCGCCAAGCAGGCCAACUGUCCACUUUACGUCACCAAGGUGAUGAGCAAACCUGCCGCUGAUGUCAUCGCCAAGGCCCGGAAGAAGGGUAUGGUCGUGUACGGGGAGCCAAUCACAGCAAGCCUCGGGACGGACGGCUCCCACUAUUGGUCCAAAAACUGGGCCACAGCUGCUGCCUUCGUCAUGAGCCCGCCGCUGAACCCCGACCCGUCCACGCCGCAGUACCUGACCUCCCUGCUGGCCUGCGGGGACCUCCAGGUGACGUCCAGCGCUCAGGCCUCCUUCUCCACGGCUCAGAGGGCGGUGGGCAAAGACGACUUCACUCUGAUCCCGGAGGGAAGCAACGGGAUCGAGGAGCGCAUGUCUGUGGUGUGGGACAGAGCUGUGUCUACAGGUAAAAUGGAUGAGAAUGAGUUUGUGGCGGUGACCAGCACUAACGCUGCUAAACUCUUCAACAUUUACCCACGCAAAGGGCGUAUUGCUGUGGGAUCUGAUGCUGAUAUUGUCGUCUGGAACCCCAAAGAGACACGAGUCAUUUCUGCCAAAACUCACAACCUGACGGUGGAGGUGAACAUCUUCGAGGGUCUGGAGUGUCGCGGCGUUGCGUCCGUGGUGAUCAGCGCCGGCCGAGUUGUUCUGGAAGACGGAAAACUCAACGUGACGGAAGGUUCUGGGCGCUUUGUCGCUAGGAAGGCUUUCCCAGACACCGUGUAUAAGAGGAUCAGAGCCCGCAGCAAGAUGGCUGAAGCUCGUGGCGUCCCUCGUGGAAACUACGAUGGUCCGGUCCAUGAUGUCAUCAGUAUGACUAAGUCAGUCCCACCUACCCCGACCACCAGGGGGCCCGCCUGCCCCAAAGCCCAGACCGGCCCCCGGAACCUCCACCAAUCAGGAUUCACUCUGGCAGGGACUCAGAUCGAUGACCACAUCCCCCGCCGUUCUGCUCAGAGGAUUGUGGCUCCUCCUGGUGGACGGUCCAACAUUACAUCUUUAUCCUAGAGGAGGAGGAAUCAAACCGUCACAUUGCCUUUGUCCUGCAAAACACUACAACACCAUUACGACACCCGUCCGUCAAGCACGAACCCCUGCAGCCCGCCCUGCACCCCCCGUCCUCCUCAUUCUUCCGCUGUUCUCCUGCUUGCCUCGUCCAUAUAAACUGACCAGUCCAUUAAACUAACAUGUAUCUAUAAACUAGAAGCUAUGAGCUUGUUCCUCACAUCACACAGCACCACCUGUCCUCAUUCAGCCCUCCAUACUUAACUCAGUCCCAUUCCUGUCUUGCCUUUCUUAAAUGUACAACCCAGAAUUCAUGUUAAUCUGCUGACAUAUUAGUUCACAUUUCAUGCCAGUCUAAAUCCAUAUUAUUCAAGAUCUUGGUCUAAGUCCAAGAUAAUCAAGCUUUAUCUCAUUUUAGGUCGAUUGAAUCCAAAUCUGUAUUACUCUAUGUUACCCUAAAUCCAUUUUACUCAAAGUCCAUAUUAUUAUACUCACUCUGUUAUUGAUCCAACCUCCACUCCGUUCAUCUAAAUCUGUAUUUUUCCAGUUUGCCUGAAUUUCCCGUCUGUUUGUUUACAUGAUUUUGUCAUGUUUGUCUUGGUCUUCCUGAGCUGGACUACAGAUUCAGCUUUUUCCAGAGAAACAAAUUCUAUUUUAUUUUAUUCAUCCGCUUUUUUUGUCUUAAAACCUGCUGAAAUUUCCAUCAUGACGAAAACAUGAAGUGACUUUUAAAACCUUCAACAUACAACAACAUGAGUCACAUCAUCACGAUGUUUUCCUGUCAGACUAACCCUUUGUCACUUUUCUGUAGACAGUAGACCACAAAGUGACUUUUCUGUCUAGACUCAAACAUCUGAUUACUUUUCUGAUGAGAAAGAAAAAUGCAGACUUUUUUUUGUCAAACCUGGUGCUACAAUUCCUCUGGUGGCUUCCUGGCAGCAAACCCUUCAGUACAGCCGACCCCGUCAAAAAAACUAAAAUAAACCCAAACCGCCCUUAAAAUGUGAAGCUUCGUCUUUCUGCGUUAGGAACGUUCCCUAUCAGGAACCUGUUCUGUCCAACAGGUCACAUGACUACUAAAACCUAACAAAGAAAUGUCACAUGACUACAAUGCCCCAAUGUGUUGCUGGUUUCCAUGGAAACCAAGCCUCUCUUACCAUAACCAUAAUGUUAGCUUUCCAACAGCUAGCUGGCUAACCUUGAGCUAACCUGCUGUAGACGACCAGCUGCUAACUGCAGGUGAGUUACAUCAAAAAGAAAAAACUUUUCCAGGCUUCAGAUUUAAAUUAAAACACACCAACAUUUAAUUAACUUUAAUAAACUUGCAUGUUCAUGUUUCCUUUAUAUUUCUCCAGAUGGUUUGUCUUGUGCUUCCUGCUGCAGUACGGCAGUCCUAAAGGGACAUUUUACAUUUAAAAAACAGCCUAACCAGGAAGCUUCCUAAAAAUGAGACAGAACCAAAGUCUGACACCCCCAGCCCCCAUUCUGCUCCAGACUCCAGUCCGAAUAUGAUCAUGUGAUAUUGAUGUUAACAGUUGAUUGACUGGCAACCCCCCACCCCUGACCUUUGACCUCUGAAGGGAUUUUCUGUGCUAUAUUUGGUUUAUAAGGACUUAAUUUGAUACCAUGAUCAUUUUGUAUUUUUACAGUUUUUGUAUCAGACAGUAGCUGAUCUAGCUGUGUGUCAGUGACAGUAGCAGAGCCACACACAGUGUCCCCCUUCAGGCUCCGCCUCCUGACCGCGUGCGUCGCCAUCGCUCACCUGGCCGGACGGGGAGAAACUAAAUCACAUAACAGACGUUCCUAAAGUAGUGAUCUAAGAGGACGAUUAAACACUUUGCAGACGCCUCAGCUUGUGAGGCUCCGCCCCCGAUGACAUCGGCGGGAUCCCCAGCAGGUCGUCCAGUUAGCGACUGUUAGCCGUUAGCUGGCCCGCUCUAACCUUCACGUGCCCUUUAAAGGAGGCGGAGCCUGAAGUGGAACACAGCUCCAGACACAGUUCAGCCACCCCGGCUCCUUCUGUGCGCCAUAUUGGCUCCACACCCCUGCUCAUGUCUGUUGCUAGGGUAACCAAAAGGUCUCUGCCAUCUGUUGACCAGGUUACUAUGAAGACAAGCUGUUAUCCUGAAACAUUAAAAAUAAACUGAAAUAUUUUGACCUCCAGAAUUCUGCAGUAACAAGCAGAGACCUGGCACCAACAUGGCGUCAGAAGGCCUCGCUGCCUGUGUGUGUGUGUGUGUGUGUGUGUGUGUGUGUGUGUGUGUGUGUGUGUGUGUGUGUGUGUGUGUGGCAUUAGUAGUGUCUAUUGUGUUCUGCUGUUCUGAGAGACGUGCUGCUCCCCCCCGCUGCACACACAGCUCAUACAUGUAACAUGUGAAGAGGAGUCACUGUGUAUGAUCAUACACACUGACGUGUCACUAUGACUUACAUGUAUACAUGUACAUGCUGUGUGUGCAUGUGUGUAGUACAUAUAUACAUGUACACAGUAACAUGAAGAUUUGUUAUUGUAUAUUUGUGUUUAUAUACUGUAACAAGUGAAGAUGUGUUACUCAGUAUGUGUACCUACAGUAAUGUGAUGAUGAUGUAAUGAUGAUGUAAUGAUGAUGUAAUGAUGGGUCUCUGGUGGUAACAAUGCGUCUCUUCCUGUUCCUGUAGUGAAAGUCAAUCUACUUCCUGUUGUGAUGAGAGCUGCAUGACAUCUGCAAUAAAACAUGAAGAGAAAAC